AUGGAGGAUAUGCGGAAGAAUGGUAAGGCUAAGAAAUUAGGUGAAGGUACAUACGCUGUAGUUUUCCUCGGUCACCUUCGAGCAGACCCGUCAUCGUUUGUGGCUAUAAAGAAGAUUAAAGUCAAUACGGAAUAUAAAGACGGGCUAUCCAUGGACGCGAUUCGCGAGGUGAAGUAUCUUCAGGAGCUCUCUCAUUCCAAUGUCAUCGCGCUACACGACGUAUUUUCAUCUAAGGACCAGAAUCUCAAUCUGGUUCUAGAGUAUCUGCCACGCGGUGAUCUGGAAAUGCUCAUUAAGGACAGCGACAUACAUUAUGGUGUUGCGGAUGUGAAGGCAUGGAUGGGGAUGCUCACCAGGGGCGUCUGGUUUUGCCACGAGAAUUUCGUUUUGCAUCGAGACAUCAAACCCAACAACCUGCUUAUCGCUUCGGACGGAGAAGUCAAACUGGCUGAUUUUGGUCUGGCUAGAUCAUUUGCCGACCCUUAUCUAAACAUGACGCACCAGGUCAUUACACGAUGGUAUCGGCCACCUGAACUUCUCUAUGGUGCACGCCAGUAUUCCGGUGCCGUCGAUAUCUGGUCUGUAGGAAUGGUCUUUGCGGAGCUCCUCCUACGAGUGCCAUUCGUUGCAGGAAACUCGGAUCUUGACCAAAUCACCAAAAUUUGCGAGGCGUUUGGAACACCAAGCGAAGAAAACUGGCCCGGCGUUUCGAAGUUAGCAAAUUACAUUCCGACAGAUAAGAAUCAACUCGUGCCCGUGCAAGGUCGAGAGUUUUUCCUCAGACAAUUUCCAAUAGCUGGUCCUGUUGGCGCUGACUUGCUUAUGUCCAUGUGCACCUUGGAUCCGAGAAAACGAAGCACUGCGUACCAAGCCCUCCAGCACAGCUGGUGGGCUACGGAGCCAAGUCCAACAAAUAAAGAAGACCUUCCCCGAAAAUCCGGUGGUGCAAAAAAAAUGGGAGACGACUUGACUAGGCGUGGCGGGGAGCUUGAUGACCAGUUCAAGAACACUGCGAGGCAGUUGGAUUUCGGUGCAAUGAAAUGA